CAUGAAAGACUCACAAUCUUCAUCUUUUGUUGCAGUUGUAUUAUCUGUACAAGCUCUAACAGUGCAUGUAGCUGCAGUAGAUGUUCCAAAACAAUAUUUAGAACUAUUACUUCCAACAAUAGCAGAUUCACAAAAUACUAAAACACCUGUAUAACUUGCACAAGUUGUGUCAUUAGCUUUUGGAUCAACACAUCCUCCAUUUCCAUUAUAAACACAUCCUUCUAAAAAUGAACUACAUGUACCAUCAUUUUAAUUUUCUGCUAAUUUGCAUGUUUUGAUUUUACAAUAAUCAUUUUCAGUGGCUGUUGAACUAUUGUAACAUUAAUUAGUUGUAAAGUUAUCAAUAGAUCCAGUCUUAUAAGCAAAUAUCUUAUUACAUGUUUCUUAAGUUCCUUUCAUCGAUGUACAUGGAGUAGUGUAAUCAACACAACCUUUUCCAUUACUAAUACAUCCAGGUAAGAAUGAAGCACAUGUAGCAUUAUCAGUUGCUUCUGUAUUAUCUGAACACUUUCUUUAUAUACAAGGAGUAGUAUCCGUAGCUGAUGAUGAAUUAGUACAAUAACCUGGAUAACUUAAACAAGUGGAUUAUGUUCCUGAAAGUUUACUACAUUCAUAUUUAGUUAUACAAGUAUCAAUUCUAUUACUAAUGCAUGUUGAUAAUUCUGCUGCACAAUUAGUAUCAUUAUUAUAAUAAGCUCCUGUUAAAUCUGAGCAAGACAAUUCUUUACAAGAAUUGUUUAGCCAACCACAUUUUUUGGAUACAAAAAUAUAUAAUGGAUUUCCAUUUUCAUCGUUUUUAUCAAAAGUCCUUACUCUAGCUUAAUUUGCUAAACAAAUUGAUUUUUUCUUAAAUUCACUACAGUUUGAAUUACUACUACAAAUAGGUUACCAUGAACAAUUAUUAGUACCUUCACAACUUUAUUAUUUGACAGUCAAGUCACAAGUAGUUUAUGAAACACAUCCAGAUCCAGUAGUAACACAAUUUGUGAAAAAAUUGGCACAAAGAGGAUUAGUAUUUAAAUUGGUUGCUGCUUAAGUACAAUCUCUAGCAACGCAUUUGGUUCCAGUCUUCCAUGUACAUUUACCUUCAGAUCCAACUCUUGAUUAACAACUAGUAGCAUCACCAUCAUAAGUAGUACAAGAUUUCAAAUUAGUUUUUGUAACACAUCCUUUUCCUGUAGUAACACAUCCAAUUUAAUAUUUAUUACAAGCAUCAUCAGUAGUUGUUGUAUCUGGAGCUUCAUCGCAAACCUUUGGUAAGCAAGAAGCUUCAGUUGUUGUACUUGUUCCUUUACAAUAUCCAUCAGUACCGAUAUAUACAGCACAAGUUGUGGCAGUACCUUUAUAUGUAUUACAAGCUGUUAAUGAUGAAACACAUGUUUUACCAUUUGUUUUACAACUA